CACACACACACACCGCGAUAGGACAGCGCGCGAGGAUGGCACGGGCAGAUAUGAUAGGAAGCGAGAACUAGAACGAGAGAGAUAAAGGGAUAGGAAGGGAGGGAUAGGCAGAGAAGAGCAGCAAUAACAGGAAACACCGCGCGCUGGACAUUCAGAGCCGGUGCUCGCACUGACCAGGGCGAACAGAAGACCAGAGAAGAGGCAACAAAUAAAAACGAAAAGAGGAACAUUAGAACUACAAUACUAUCUGGUUUUACUCACGCGCGAAGAGAGAGUCGAAUCGUUUCCGUGCAAGGGGUUAUCCAAUCGAAAACGCUAGUCAAGGAGAACAACUGGAUCCAUGGAUUCCCCUACUGACCUGUUUGGCUGUCAGUCCUCCCUGAUCUCAGCCUUCGACCUGUACCCCAACCCCUCGAAUGACCACGACCCCCCCAGACGCCCCACAUCCUCCAGAGCGGGUGACGGAGCCCCGUACGUCGGGUCUAACCGAUCCCCCCGACCCCCCUACCCACUCAUCCACCAUCUGCUUCAGCCAAGUGGCGCCCCCAUGAGGGCAAUGGGGCAAUUACACCUGGACAGAUACAUGGGAGAAGAGGCGGAGGAAGAGGCGGAACGAGGGGCGGAGGUGGAGGAGGAUGAGGGUGUAGAUGGAGGGGUUGUAAGGGAGGGUAUAAGGGGGGGUGGGAAGAGGCUGAACAGUGACACCUUAGUGGCGGACUGGGGUCAUGACAUGCUGACGGUGAAGAGACUGAGGCUGGAGAGUUUGGUGAAAGGAGAUGGAGAGAUAGGUUUGGAGGAAGAGGAAGAGGAAGAGGAGAGAGGGAGGAGGUUUGCAGAGAGAGGGAACAGGGAGAGGGGGAGGGAGGGAAGGAGGAGAGAGAGGGAGGAGCUGAAGGAACAGUUGGAAGAGGCAAGAGAAAGACUGAAAGCCCUACAGGAGAAGGUAUGGAAAGUGUUUGGAGGGAGGCCGGCACAGGAGGAGGAGAGGAGGAGUGGAGGAGAGGAGGAUGGAGGGAUAGAGGAAGAGGAGGAGACAGUGGAUUGCAUAACGGAAGAGGAGGAGGAGGGGGGAGAAAUCGACAAUUUCUCUCUCUCCUUUCUCCCCUCUUCUCCCCCCCUCCACAGGCUUGCUAAACAAGACCCAAAAGUGAGGGAUGAUAAAGGAACGAGGGAUGAAGAGAGGAGCUUAAAUGGAGGAGGGGGUGUAGUCCUGGAGGGGGUGCUGGAACGGGCGGGGGUGUGGAUGGGGUGUGGGGUGGUGAGGGGGGAGUGGGAGGGGUUUGGAGGAGGCGGAGUUGGGCAAAAGUUUGCCCAAGCUCUGAAACAGGAGUUGGGCGGAGCGGUAGCUCGGGUGAUUGACAGGGUGCUUCGGCUGUACACCAAAAACCAGAGUCAUCCUCCCUCAAUUCACCCCUCCAUCUUGUCGUGCAGGGAGAGAGGGGACGAGGGAGGGGCCGGGGGAGGAGUGUGGGCCUCCCUGAGAGAGGAGAGGAUGAGUGAAGGAGGCGCUGUAGCACCUGACCAACCGGCCCCACGGCCAAAUGAAGCUCCGCCCCCGCGUCCUCAAGCCCUCCGGGAACAAUCCGAAGCGUUGCCGCUGGUUACGCGUCGAUCUGACAGCCGCCGGAACACGCUUCUGCCUCCCAACAGCCACCCUGACAACCGCAACCACAACCCGCUCCUCCUAUCACACGCCCUCCCUCCACUGCGCCAGCCUCACCCCGCCCGACUCCCCAGCCACCCCGCCCUCCCGCCCCCCUCUCCCUACACUCCCGCCGGUCACGGACCUCUCCCCCUCCCUCUCCUCCAUUUCACCAUGCAGCAACUAUUCGCUCGUUCGCUCUCCCACCUGCCUCCCCUGCACAAGGGGGACCUGAUGAACUCUGACCCCUACAUGGAGGGAAACCCUUUCCCCUCCACCCACGCCCCCUCGUAUCCCCUCCUACCUCUGGCUCUGAUUGGUGGAUUGGACCGUCUGGAUGGAGGGAUGCAACACCAUCAUGACAGAGAGAGAGAUGGAGGGAUGAGAGGAGGAGGAGGGGGUGGGGAUGGAGGGAUGGAUUCUGGGAUGUUCCUCGGACCGGGUUCAUCCCAGGAAGGCCUGUCACCCUGUCACCUGAAGAAAGCCAAGCUCAUGUUCUUCUAUGCCAGAUACCCCAGCUCAAACACACUCAAGACUUACUUCCCUGAUGUCAAGUUUAAUCGCUGUGUGACCUCCCAGCUCAUCAAGUGGUUCAGUAACUUCCGGGAGUUCUUCUACAUCCAGAUGGAACGCUUCGCUAGGCAGGCUGCCCGGGACAACCAACCCAGGGAUGGUGUGUCCUGCCCGGGUAGAGACAGCAGAGGGGUCCCCUUACGCCUGGGACGGGACACUGAGCUCUAUCGAAUACUCAACAUGCACUAUAACAAGAGCAACGACUACCAGGUUCCGGAAAGGUUCAUGGAGGUGGCAGAUUUGGCCCUGAGGGAGUUCUACACUGCCAUCCAGACAGGGAGAGAUAGUGACCCCUGCUGGAAGAAAUCCAUCUACAAGAUUAUCUGUAAACUAGACAGUCCGGUUCCGGAUAGUUUUAGGCUACCGGGCUGUCCAAUUGGCUGAGGAGAGGAUGCACAGAGACAUUGCCAGGAGGACACAUACACACACAUAUAUGACACACACACUCACACACAGGACACAUUCACACACAAACAGGAUACACACAAUCACUGAAAGUCCUGUACUGGAUGUUUUGACACUGCCAGGCUGCCCUUCGGCUAAGGAGAGGACAAAUAUCCAUGGGUGGACUGGCCAUCUGGCAUUUUGGGCCAAAUGCCAGAGGGGCUAGUUCAGUUUUAGCCCAGCGGGCCUGUCAGACUUUUCUUGUGUACAGUUACAAUGAUCUGGGAAAGAAGGGGCCGUGUAUUGGAAAUAAAAGGGCUACUAGUGAGUCGCAGUCACCGGACAGACCAUAACAGAUGCAAACACACACAUACUCACAUCAACAGAUGCAGGAGCACUCACAGUGACCUGACGGAGAGCAUUACAGUAUGUUCGUUUAGCAUACGUCGGUCUGAUUUGGAACAUGCAGCGGCGUCAUUGUAAAUAACGAUUUGUUCUCUAGUAAUUAAAUACAGGUCGCAGAAAAACACACCACGGCACGCAUGGCGAAGGCGGGGAAGCCCAGGAGGGCUCAAACCAACAUUGAGUGUAACGGAUUAUAAUUUUUUACCAUUGCUGUCUGGCGGUCGCAUGAAUUACGACAGUGUUCCGUUCUGUCCCUGCUGUUGCCUCUGUUGGUCGUUACAGUUCGCUAGCUCUCCUAAGCUUUGUUACUUAAUUCCCAAACUUGGUCUCAGUAGUAUUAAACGGUUGCUUUCGCCAGAUGGAUGGACUGGGUUGCUUUUUCCUGUUGGUUCACUGAAUUCGGAGAGGUUAGUCGAGCGCAGUAUUAGAAGAGCUUUCCAGUAACAUUUUAACCCAUAGCGAUGGAAAUAGGUCUUGUCUUUGUGUCUGCUAACAGAGCCGUUGAGGCUUCUCUGUUCGUAAAGCUAAUGUUGGUGAUUUUCUGUCACCAGCAGCGCUGGAGUCCUGAAGCAAAAUCUUGUGUGGCAUUCAUUUAUCAUGGGCUCUAGUUGGUGAUGAUAUAAAAAAGUUAAAAUAAUUUACAAGCCUAUCAUUCAAUAUAAAGAAGACGAUUCCCCUGAUCAUUGGUUGAGAGCUCCCGACCCUCCAGAAUCUGGCAAAGGACUGUGUUCGAUAAAAUCAAAACCACAAUGUAUCAUUGCUGAAUGGCUGAUCUAUAAACAGUGUUGAGUUGUAAGUUAUGAUGCCAGGUGAUUUGUAGAUCAGUAAGUCUCUAGUCACCUGCAGCGCUCUUGAUCCUCCUCAAUACCGCCAAUGAUAAUGAUAAAUUCUGUUGCCCAUAGUGACCAUAGAAUAAGGUGGUAUGCUCCUAUACAUUUACACAUUUAAGAUAUCUUUUUUCUUUACAUGUUUACUAGUCUCUUGUUUUGUUGUUGUUAAGGGUAAAAUCAAUCAAAAAAAAAAUCUUUGUAUCUCUUUGAAAGUUUAUAUGAAAAUGUGAAAUGUGUGAUGUGCACAUUUCCGUGAUUUAACAUCUAAAUACAAUUACUAGAAUAAAAAUAAUUAUAAUAACUCUAUUUCUGUGGUUUAUAAGACACGAUUCGUUUCUAUAUUACAAGAUCUGUGCCUCAAAAUCUUUUUGAUGAUUUCUUAUGCCCCAGCAGACAGACAGAGGUUUGAUGUGGUGAGGACUGAGAAACAAAUUGAAAUAAACUGAAAGACUGAAGAAGGCA